AAAAUUAUAAUUUAUUAAUUAAUUAAAAUAAAAAAUAAGUAACUCAAAUUGAAUAAAAUGGCUCUAUAAAGGAACUAUCUUAUUUUAAUAAGUUUAAUCUUGUUAAUAAAUGCACAAGCCUAAUUUCUGCACAGGAAAGUUAGACAGCUUUAAACUUCAGAAGUGACUGCAUCUCCUCAGGAAGUGUCCUUCAUAGGCUAAUCUCACAUCACUUUUUCAGGAAUUUCCAGUACCUCAGAUAUUCAAAAAGUUGAGCUCUCGAACAACCAAUAAACUAUUGAACUAUAAAUUCUUUAGAUAUACCCAAACUCAGUUUUAUGCCAAUUUUAAGGAGGUUUUAACGGAGUAUUUUAAGGAAUUAUCACCUUGAAAAAUGGUUAGACUAUUUAAGCAGCAAAUCAAAUUACUUCUACUGUAAGAGUUAAUUCUAUCUCACCUUCAUAAGGAAAUUCAAAUGGAGGUGUUCUUUUAACUGUUUAUGGUUUCGGCUUCAGUUAUGACACAACACAGAUGCAGGUCCUCAUUGGAAGCGUUGGUUGUGAUAUUCUUACUUCUACAGAUACUUAAAUUUAGUGUGUUACUAGGUCUGCUUAAAACCUAGUUAACUAAAGUGGUAUUGUAGUUGUUACUAGCAAUAAUCUUCUUUCUCAAUCUGCUGACCUUACUUAAACUACUUACACCUUCGUAAAUAUAUAAUAGCAACCUAGCGUUACAGCAAUUUAAUCUUAGGAUGGUAAUUUCUAUAGAGGCUAUACUUAUUCUAUUAUCGGAUCAAAUCUUUUAGCAGAUAAAAUAUCAACUCUACUUUUUAUCGGUAACAGAAAUAUCUAAUACUAAUAGACAUCUACUGGAUUACAAUUCGUUGUUCCUUAAGAUUUAUCGAGCACUUCUAAUAGUUUAAUUGUAUUUGUUGGUUCAAACGGAAGUUCUGCACCUUAUCAAUUUUAAGUCAAAGUAGAACUCGACAAGCUCUACUGCUAAGACCCAAGUGGUAAUUUAAUGAUUAGACAAUAUGGAAAUUUGUUUUUCGCUGCUUCAAUUAAAGGCCUUGCUCCCAGUUCUUAAAUAUAAAUUUAAUAUGAUUAAGGAAAUAACAGAAUGAUAGAAUUUGAAUAAAAUAAUAAUGGGAUCGCCGUCUAUACUUCAUUAGAUUAUAAUUAAAUGCCAAGUUAGGUAACUUAAUUGAUUGUUGAUGGUUAAAACAUUCUUAAUUAACCAAUAAAAAUCAAUGUAAAUCCUAAUUCUAACUAUUUAAAUGUUGACUUUGAUAUAUCUUCUGACUCCUCCACUUUUACUUUGACAUUAAAACCAAAUUAACAAUUCCCUGACUUGCAAAUCUACAACAUACUAAUUUUAGAUAGUAACUGGCAAAUAAUUGACAACAUGAAAUAAAUCAGUGGUAAUACUUUUUCAUUCAAUAAAUACAGCUAAAAGAAUAGAAUUUAUUUCCAUAUUUGCAGUGAUGCUGGUGAAGCUAGUUUCUAUCCUUCAUCUUCUGAUUAAUUUUACCUACCUUAGCCAACAGUUACUAUGUUGCCUUACAAUUAAAAUGUUUAAACAGGUGAUAUUUUAAAGUUCUAGAUAACUCCUUCAAAUUAAAAUGUACUUUAUUCAAUGAAUGUACUUUGUCAUAAUGGUAACAUGAAUAACAGUACUGAUACCAACCUUGAUGAUUACAGUGUAUCAGGAAAGGAUGUUUAUUAGAUUUUACCUAGUACCCAAGAUGGUGAUAUAUUUGGAUAUUAAUUCCCUACAAUACUCUAAAGAAAUUUAGCUACUUCUCAUACUUGCGAUAUCAUAAUUGCAGUUACCAAUCCUCUUAACGUGAAAAAAUCUCAAUAAGCUGACUAGAUUAACUAAGAAUCUAACACCUUUGUAAGUUAAUUUUUGCAGUAAUAAGAUGGACAUUAAAUAAAUGGUGGAAAUUAUUAUCCAUUUAAUGAUAUAGGAUCAAAUUAAAUCUUUAAUAGCUAUUUUAUUGAACUUUUCUUAAAAGCUGUUACUCCAGUCAAAUAAAGCAGCUAUGUUUUAAGUGUAGAACCUUAAAAUUUAUCAGCCUAUGGAGGUGAAACAGUUAUAAUAACUGGUAAUAACUUCUAAACUAGCUAGAACACUGGAAUUUAAACCACUAAAGUAUCAUUCUUAGGAGUUGAUUGCUAAGUUAUAAGUCUAACUAACACUUAAAUUAAAUGUAUCUCAGGAUAAAGUUAAUAUUAUGAUCCCUCUCAUAUAUAACAAACCAAAAUUAUCCUUGGACAAGAGUUUGCGUUCAUGUUCACUCAUGUCAAUUAUGUAUUCAAUUAUAGUGACAAAGUACAGAUGAGAUAUGUCUAAAAUGACUUAAUUAAUGGAAACCAAUUUUAAAGUAUUCCUUUAGGAUUAGGAUUAAAUCUUGAUUUAGGAAAAAUAUUUUAAUCUGAUUAGUUAAAUUUCGACACCAUCAAUGUUGAUGGAUAUCUAUCUUUCUAAACAAGCAAAGAUUUAAGUAUAACAAUUAACUUGUUGAGUGGAAAAGGUAUCUUCAGUUUAGGAUCUUAAGAUAUUAGAAUCAACUCUAAUUUUGAUGUACAAAUAAAUAAACUUAACAUUCUAAAAGUUAGGUCUUAUGGUCAAAAGUUAUAAAAAUAUAACUACAGUUUGCUAAGUUAAGUUUCUCCAUUAUCAACAUCAAUCAUUCUAAACGAAAACCCUGUUUAUCUCUAAAAAGGAGCUUAAAUAGUUGUUUUGGCUACAACUCAAAAUGAUGUGAAUGAAGUAUUCUAAGUAGAUAGUGUCAGUGGUAAUAGUGUCCUUCUGACAACCCCUGUUUAAAAUCUUCACACAAACAUACAAGAAACUUUAACAUAGAAGAAUGGAUAAAAGUAAAACCUAAGCAUUAAUGUACCAGUUUUGUAAACCAGCAGAAAUGUUUAAAUCUCAAUAGGGGAAUCUGAACCAAGGAUAGGUAUACUUGAUGAUAUCUAAGAUACUAGAGUUAAUAUUCCAUAUCUAGUAAUUAUCAAUAACUUAGUGAACUCAUUCGUUAAUGUCAGUGCACCAAGCUCUUAAUCAUCUAAUUAAUAUGUUGAAUUCAAAAAUAUCUAAUCAAGUGUUAUUCAAGCUUAUGAUGACCUCGUUUUUAAUGGUGAUACUUUCUAAAAUAGUUAUAUCAUAAGACCUAAUAAUUCCAACACUCUUAAAACAAUCAGUAUUAAUUUUAAAUUGUUUGAAGGUAACUUCCUCUAAGCUGGUGUUUCAAUUACUAGAUAUUUCUAUUAUACCACUCCAGCUGUACCAUCAAGCUAAAAUUUUUCAAACAACAUUAUAGUUUCCUCAAACUCUUGUUUGGAUACUAUGAUUGAAUCCACAUAGAUUAUUUCUAUGGAAUAGAACGUUUGCUUUUCUACAAACUAUUUCUCGACCUAGCUUUCUCCCCAUAAUAUUAGAACACAAAGUCUCGCCUUUACUGUAUUGAAUUUGUCAUAAUCUGUUUUCUAAAAUUAAAAUAAUGCUUUUAGAAAUCCUGCUGGAUACAAACUAAUUCUAGAAUCUGACAACCAAAAGCAAACAAAAUUCUUUAUAGUUGCAAAUUCAAUAUCAAAUGCAACUAAAUUUACUCCAAACAUUAUUACUAUGCAAUAUAGAGAUGAAGGUUUUGUCUAAUCAUAAUUACAAUAAUUUGAAUUAUAAGGAUUUUCUAAUACUCCAUAAGACAGUUUGGUAGGAUUCUAAUCUUAUGUUAAUGGUAUAAAUCUUAUAGAGUCAUUUAAUGUUGUUUCUGAUAUCAGUUAAAAUUCAUCCUUCUUCUAAUAAAAUAACUAGAGUUAAGGCUUCAUAUUAAUUGAUUCUGAUGGGUCCUUAACAGGUCAAACUUAAAAUGUAUUUAGUGCUAAUUUAGUUAGACCCUAACUUAGUUGCACAUAAAAUGCUUAGCACUACUUUUGCAGUAAGCAAAUAGGUAUAAUUACCGCUAAAGCCUCAAACUGGAAUAAGUAUCCAUAAGAUUACAAUUGUUAUCAGUUAAGCGGUGAGCAAACUCUAGUAAGUGGAUAAAUGUUUAACAAUUAAGGAACUUUUGUAGCAGUUUUAGAAGAUAUUACAGAAUUUUAAUUUGUUGAGUAAUAAGAUAACUCUAAGCCAAUGCUUCCAUGCUAUUUUGAAUUAAAUCCACUAUAUUUCUAAGACACAUCUAAGGGCUAUAUAGUUAAGUAUAAAUAAGAUGUAUCUAAUUUGAAAGUUAAACUUUAGUUAGAGAUGGGGUAUAAUGGAAUAGACAUUUUACCAGUUAACAAUUUAAAUGUUGAAACUUGUCAGCAUGGUGAUUACUAAAUAGUUUCAGAUGGUAUACUAGUAUGUAUUAAAAAUAAAGAUGGACAGAUGUUUAAUAUUUCAGUUUCUUUAUAAACCCAAUGA